AUGUUUGGGGGACAUCCUGCGUAUCAUCCGUAUACGCAGUAUACACAGUCAAUCAUCAUCUUGAGAAUCUUCGAAGGGAGAUGGCGAAGAAGUUUCCGCGGCGGCGGGCCCCCGCCAGCUUCUCCCACUGUCUCAUCUUCCUCUGAGGAGGACCCGAUUGCCCCUGUUCCGCGCCGUCGCCGCGUGGCCGUGUCCGAGCUGUCCUCCUCUGAGGACGAGGGCCCCGCGCUGGGGUCUCUUAACAGCCUCCCAUUUGCCACCAUGUCGCGUGCGACCAGUCCGUCCGCUGCCGCCAGUUCGCCCGAUGCUGCCAGUUUGCCUGAUGCCGCCAGCCCGCGUCCCGCCAGCUCGCCCGGGGCGAGCCUCCUGCGUGCCGGCGGCUCGCUCAGUCCUGCGCCGCCCCUCGGGACUCUUCUUCCGCUGUCUUCCCCGCCUGUCGGCGCCGAGCCCGUGCCCUCUGCCCCUUGCCAGACGUGCCUGAAGGACGCCCUCCGCCAGGGCCAGGUGUGCGCCUGCUUGCGGGACGCUGCCUACCGCAAGUGCAAACGUUGCCAGCGGCUCAAGAAGAAGUGCCUCCGGGUCCCGCUGCAGGUUCGCCGUCGGGCCGCCACUUGA